AUGUUUUCUCUUCACUUCCUCAUGAUUUUGGCAUGCGUAUCCGUCGUGGUCGGGACGCCUACUUCCAUCGCAAGCAGGGCCAGCCCCUUCAGAUACCUAAUCACUUUCGGUGAUUCCUAUUCCCAAACCGGGUUUUCAAUCACAGGCACCAAACCCUCAACCUCAAAUCCAAUCGGCAAUCCACCUUUCCCAGGCUAUACCACGAGCGGAGGCAACAACUGGAUCACCUACCUCCUCCAACCCUCAACCUCAACAACCAUGCUAAACUACAACCUCGCAUCCGGCGGCGCUACUACAGAUGCCACUCUUGUACGCCCUUUCCAAUCUACAGUCCUCUCCCUCGUCGACCAAGUCUCCCUCUUCACCAAGAAUCUCUCUCCCCUCCCGAGUCCCCUUUCCCCAUCCAACACCUUAUGCGCAAUCUGGAUCGGCGUCAACGAUGUUGGGAACGCAUGGUCUGACCCAAAGUGGCCUACUCUCUCACAAACAGUCAUCAACAGAUAUAUGGAACAAGUUGAGAAGUUAUAUAAGGGAGGGGCAAGGAAUUUCCUAUUUCUAAGUGUGCCACCUAUUCAGAAAACGCCAAGUGUGAUGCUACAGAGCAGUAGUACGCAAAUGAAAGAAGGAGAGGCUGUUGUGCGGUACAAUGGGCUACUUGGUCGGGGGGUAGAGGCUUUUAAGGGAAACCAUAGUGAAGUUACGACGUGGGUACUCGAUACGACCGUCGCGUUCGAGACUGCUAUCAAAGAUCCGAAGAGUUUUGGAGCAAAGGAUGCGAAAUGUUAUAAUAAGGAUGGGAUAAAAUGUUUGUGGUUUAACGAUUAUCAUCCUGGGCAGGCGAUUCAUAAGUUGGUUGCACAGGGUGUGGUUACUUUGGUGGGGUUAUGA